UCAUUUCCCAAAUUCAAAUCUCACCGCUCACAAAUCAAAGUUUUCUUCUUCCCUCCGAUUCAAACCCUUUUUCCAAACCCUAAUUUUUCAGAGAUGGAAUCCGCAAAGGUCACCAGAGGCGCCGGAGGACGAAAGGGCGGCGACCGCAAGAAGUCGGUCUCCAAGUCCGUCAAGGCCGGCCUCCAAUUCCCCGUCGGCCGUAUCGCCCGGUUCUUGAAAAAGGGCCGCUACGCCCAGCGAACCGGGUCCGGCGCCCCGAUCUACCUCGCCGCCGUGCUCGAAUACCUCGCCGCUGAGGUGCUGGAGCUGGCCGGGAACGCGGCACGUGACAACAAGAAGACUCGGAUCAACCCGAGGCACGUGCAAUUGGCGGUGAGGAACGACGAGGAGCUGGGGAAGCUUUUGGCCGGAGUGACCAUCGCCAGCGGCGGAGUGCUUCCGAACAUUAACCCGGUCUUGCUUCCCAAGAAGACCUCAGGCUCUGAGGCCUCUGAUAAGGCGACCAAGUCACCCAAAUCUCCCAAGAAGGCUGCUUAAACGACGUGUAGUUUUUAGAGAUAGUGUGGUGGUAGUAGUUAUCUAGGUGUCUGUUUCGGUUUAUGUUCAGUGAAAAAAAAAUGGUGUGUGUAGUCGGUUGGUUCAUAAAUGGAAAAGUCUGUUAUUUCGUUUA